UCCGGCUUUUGCUUGUCGGGACGCUAACGAUGGCCGCAGCGGGGCUGUCAGACGCAGAGCUGCGGGCGGAACUGCUGGCCCUGGGAUACCAGCCGGGACCCAUCACUGAUUCCACCCGCAAGCUUUAUGCCAAGAAGCUCACCCGCCUGCGGGCUGAGGUGGCUGCUGGUCUGAGGAGCCGCGAUAGCUCCCGGGCACACCCCCAGGCCCCGAGCGGCUCCCCGAGGCCCAAGGCGGUCGCUAGGGUCAGCCCCAGGGGGACUCCUCGGGCCCGCGUCCUGGUUAGGAGGGAAAGUGAGGAUGAGGAUGGCGAGGAAGAAGAGGAGGGGGCUGACUACGAGCCGCCUCGCAGGAAAGCGGAGACGGAGAGUCGGGGGCUGGCGCAGAGAAAUCACUGGGGGGCGGAGAGUGGGCCGACCCCCCCUGGGAGGACCCCGUGGACGGCAGGCGAGAGGGCGACACCCAGCAGCAACUCCUGGUGGGGAGGUAGUGGAUUAGCCUCCCGGAGGACCCUGUUGGAGACGGGAGGAGGGGUGACAUCCACCUGUCGGAGGGACGAAGCGACUGACCGGUUAACUUCCAGCACCCACUGGGGGGCAGCAGCAUCCCCAGGAGGAAGCCCGGGGUUAAGCUCUAGCAAGUGGUGGGAGAGGGGGCAGAGCACGACCCCCAGCACUUCCUGGGAAUCGAGAGCAGGAGGAAGAGGGGCGGGCUUCAGUCAUAGGUCCUAUUUAGAAAGGGAAAGCGGGGUGACGCCCAGCUCCUAUUUAGGAUCAGGCACACGAGGGGGUGAAGAGGGGUUAACCUACAGGACUCCAUGGAGAGCAGAGAAAGAGUCCGAGCUAACUCCCAGAACUUCCAAAUCCCUGUGGGGGACAGGAACAGCAAGAGGGUUAGGUCACAGUACCCGCUGGGAUGGGACACGCCAAGAUACAGGUGUGAAAUCCCAAGCUCAGUGGAGAGGAAGGAAGGGUCUAGAAUUCUAUCUUUCAUGGUUCCUGUGGCUGGCAACCUUAGGGCUCUUGGUGGUUUUCCUGGGCAUCCUUUGGGUGAAGAUGAUGGGACCUGCCCGGCUGGAAGGGGAAGAGAACUUUAAACAAUUGCCCAUGGAUUGUGCAGAAAAAACAGAUGAUUACUGUCAGGAAAAACAAGAAGAGAUUGUAAUAACUGUACUAUAUGAGUUAUACAAUUACCUUGCAAUUCAAGCUGGCAGCUUUGAAUGUGGAAACCCGCAAAAUCUACAAAAUAAAUGCAUUCCAGUUCAUGAAGCAAGGGAGUAUAUAGAGAAUGCAACUGGUAAAUCUGCAGAAAUGUUUGGGGAUGCUUUGCAAUGGUUACUGGACAGUCACAAAGAAUCUGGAAUAUGGUUACAAGGUGACGAUCCUCUUGAACCAGUUACCACAGUGGACCAGGUGGUUUGUCUUGAAUCUGCCCGUCCCAAGAUGAGCUUAGGCUGCCGUUUCCACCGGGCACUAAGCACAGCUAUUACAAACCUGUUUAUUUUCUUUUGGAGUUUAGCUUUCCUUUGGGGGAUUCUGAUUCUACUGAAGUAUUAUUGGCGGAAAAGGGAAGAGGAGGAGCAAGCCAUGUAUGAAAUGGUGCAGAAAAUUAUAACUGCCGUCCAGAAUCAUUACAAAGAGUGGGAACAGAACCUGGAGCGAUACCCUUAUGUAGGCAUCCUUCACAUCAGAGACACACUCAUCCCACCACAGGAGAGGAAAAAAAUGAAGCGGGUUUGGGACCGAGCAGUGGAUUUCCUAGCUUCAAACGAGUCACGGAUUCAAACUGAAUCGCACAGGGUAGCAGGAGAGGACAUGCUGGUGUGGCGUUGGACUCGGACUUCCUACCUUUCGGAUUCAGAGCGCUAGUCCCAAGCAGAGACCAAGCCAAUGUUUCAGCACUGUGCGCGGCAACGUUCCCCCUUCUAGCUAGCGGAGGGGAUCCUGUCAUCUCUACUCAGGUGCACUCCUGACAACAUUAUUCGUGUGUUUUGAAAGAGAAUUAUUCUUCAGGGCAAUCAUUUGUUUGUAAGGAAUAGAAAUGUGAUAUGCAGAUGUACACCAAAGCUAUCUUUCUGGUAUAUGUUUGAUUGCCAUGAUACAACCCUUAACAAGAAAAUCACUUGCCUAAUUGAAAGAUGCCGUGGAUUGUUUUGCCCUGGUGUUAUAGCAGACUAUAUCUGACCUUCCACUUGGAACAUGUCAGUGUUAAACCACUAUGGUACUUUAAACAGAAAAAAAAAACUGGUGUUCAUUACAGAAGAGGCCUGGAUUUGGCAAUGAAGUGUGUAGGAUGCAUUUAUACUUGCCAGCAGACCAAUUAUCGCCUACUGGCAUUGCUUAUCAGGUGAUGGGUGGGGCUGAGAGGGCAAGUUCAGGUGCCUCUGGAGACAAGUUGGGAAUAUGCGGGAGGGGCAUCUAGCAAUCUGCAGUCUUUUUUCCUUAGGGGAUGGUGGGAUAAUGUUGGCUCCAGGAACAUAACAGAGCAUGUUCUUAUAAAAACCAUAGCAAGCCUACAGUAAGGACUUCUGUGUGUUUAAAAAAAUGGCUUGGUGGAGAACUCUUAAAAAGCAACUACCAUACUCUGUUUCUAAUGCAGUUUGUGUGUUCUACUAGAUUACCUGUGUUCCAUUGUAACAGGGAUUCCCAGAUGUUGUUGACUACAACUCCCAUCAUCCCCAGCUGCAAUGGCCUUUGGCUGAGAGUUGUGGUCAGCAUCUGGGAAUCCCUGUUACAGGGGACACUAGUGCCUACAGUGUUUGAUAGAAAAGAAUUAUCAUGGAGAUCAAGUGUUUAGGCAACAUUGCAAUGAGCAGAAAGCUGUUCUGCAGCAAUAAAAUAACACAUUUUGUGCUCAUACCACCCUGGUUUCCCCAGACUGCAAGUUUUAUGUCAGUUUUCUCUGAGGGGGAGAAAUUGCAACAAACUGCCAUGCACCUCUGCCAUAGCAUCAUAAAGUCUGGGGCACUUGCAUGAUGACGUCUUCCUGUUGCCGCUUCUGCCCAUGGUGAACUUAGCUUUCUAUCCAGUGGAUGCACUCUCUGUACUCUGCAUAUGAAUUCACAACAGUGUGUGCAUAUAUGAGCCUCUUGAGGCAAAUUUGGUUAAGGUUUUAUGUUACCUUUUGUCACACAUAAGCUUUGAACUGACAUAUUAAUGUAUUUUCAUGUGCUGGUGGUCCAAACUUGAAGUUUGCCCUUCUGCUCCCCCUGCUGGCCACAUUGAAAAGUUGAAGGAUUGGAGUUUUCACUUAGGUGUCCUUUGUAUGGAGGCUGUCUCAGGGCACACAGCAAUUCAUUAUGUGCCUCCUGCUGAUUCAUCCACUGAAAUCAGUGCAAAGAAAAGCGGUCUCCAAAAACAAAGCACCAGGAGGUCUUAUUGGUUAAGUAGAAGAAAAUCCUGCAUUCAGUUGAGUUCUAUCCCUACAUGUUGCCAUCUGUAGCAUAGGCAGUGUUUUAGAGCAAAAAAAGACAUUUAACAGAUGUUUUCAUGACAUUAGCCAUCUUUAUAUAUGCACACACACACCCUGAUUAAAGCUAAUAAUCAAACAAAGAUAAAAUGAUGCUUUCAAUGUGUUUUUAAUUUCUGCUGAUGUUUGCAAAAACUUCCACAGUGCCUGCCUUCUUAGGGCUUUAAAAACAUUGUGGGUAUUUUUUACCAUCUAACUCUCAAGAGGAAAUGACAAGCACUAUUUUGUACAGUUGAUUAAACUGUUCAUUUAUUUUUUAUGUAGAUGGGCUGGUGCUAUUUAUUAUACACUUGUCUUUGUACAUUUUAUCUUGCAAAAUAAAAAUUUGUUACAAAUGA